AUGGCAGAAAGUCUUGAGAUUCCUCUCCUGCUAGAAGAAAGGUUGGAUAGUUCCGGACCCGACGAAACUUCCACCGAAGCCACACCGCACUCACACGUCAUUUCAGGUGGCCGGAUUGCAGCGACAUAUAUGUUCGCAGAUAUGGGGGAGCUGAAUUACCACUCCGCCAUUUCGUACACCACUGUCAACACCGACACCGCUGAGGCCGUGCGAGCUGCUGAUGUGACGGUGUUGGAAAAGCUACAGGAUGCCAUCCGACCCGAACUCGAAUGUCAGGUCUGCUACCAGAUCAUGUUGGACCCUUUGACUACCUCGUGUGGCCAUACUUUCUGUAGAAGGUGCUUCUGCCGAGCCAUGGACCAUACCAACCAUUGCCCCAUGUGUCGUCGUCUACUGCCACUGGUCCACUCCCAACAGACAACACCCAACAAUAAGAGAGUCGCACGUUUGAUACAGCAUCUGUUUCCUGAUCUCCUGGUGGCGAGGAAGGCUCUUGCCGCACAAGAAGACAUGGUUGAUGAAGAGACCCAACUACCACUCUUCCCAUGCACGUUGGUCUAUCCCCAGAUGCCGACGUUUCUGCAUAUUUUCGAACCCCGAUAUAGGUUAAUGGUCAGGCGCGUCCUCGAAAACGGCACGCGCAAGUUUGGAAUGCUGGCAUACAAGCCACACAGCGAAUACCAACAAGGUGGCCCUCAUUACCAGGAGUAUGGGACAGUCUUGUUCGUCGAACGAGUAGAAAUGUUGGCCGAUGGUCGGAGUCUCCUAGAAACAAGAGGUUUGUAUAAAUUUCGGGUCGUCGAAACCGGGAUGGUCGACGGAUAUCUCACUGGUCGAAUUCAACGCUUUGAUGACAUCAGCGUCCACGAGGAGGAGGCGAUAGAGGCGCGGGAGACGUGUAUGCCAGUACAGCCAGAUCAAGAUGACCUUGCGCGACUCCAUCACUCGUCGACACAGCAACUCUUAGAGUAUGGACUAGAAUUUGUUCGCCAAGCUCAAGCACGUUCAGCGCGAUGGCUACACCAAAGGGUCCUUGCCGCUUACGGACAACCACCAGAAGAUGCUGCAACGUUCCCUUACUGGCUCGCAAGUGUUCUACCGAUCGCAGAGACGGAGAAGUAUGCCCUGCUGCCGGCUGCCGGCGUGAGGGAACGCUUGAAAAUUACGGCUGAAUGGAUAUACCGACUUGAGCAAGCGCGGUGUGAGUACGAAGCAGAGCUAGCUGCAAAAGUGCGAGAGCAGCAAGAUCGACAUCAGCAGGAAACUCGUGAUGCUGUCGCACCUACUCCGCCCGCGCAGCUCGAGCCUCGCUCUGUGACCACACGAGGGCCUGAGCUUACCGAGCCUGAAGCACAUGAGCUCGAGACUGCCGGGACUGAAGCUGAAUCAACCGAGCUCCCUGAAAGUUAA